AUACAACAAGUCCGACAUGCGACCCUGAUCAAGCGACCGAAACGGCCGUACACCUUCACACAACUCAUCACCCUCAGCGAUGGUUCCACCUUCACACACCGGACGACAUCGCCGCAGGCGGUCUACCUCACAGUCAAAGACACAAAGAAUAGUCCGCUAUGGAACCCUUCAUCACAGAAACUUUUGAACGUGGAGGAAGACGACGCUGGUCGAUUAAGGAAGUUCCGAGAGCGAUUCGGAAGAGGGUUUGACGCG